AAAAUAAUAAAAACAUUGCAAAUAUCGCUACUUAUUGUUCUAGUAAUGUUAGAGAGAUUGGUUGUCGUAAAACCGGAUGUAGGCUAAAGUGAAACUUGUUUACGAUAAAUUUUGACAAGUCACCAGACAGACACAAAUCGGCUAAGUCGCGAUGGAUGUUGGGGAAGUGAGGGUGGCAGAAGAUGCCGAUUUUAACAGACUGAAAAGUUUGUGUGACGACACAAAUGGGUGGAAGCAGGAGUACAACAAAAACAACACAACAGUGUGGACAAAAAUCAACGAAUUAUCUGAAUUUCAGAUGGUCAAAGUCAGAACAGUCUUUAAAGAUAUUAAACCAGAGGUACUGUAUGAUGUACUUCAUGAUCCAGACUACAGAAAGACAUGGGACCACACAAUGGUGGAGGGGUAUGAAAUCUGUGACAUAAAUCCAAACAAUGACAUUGGAUACUAUGCAAUGAAGUGCCCCCCUCCUUUAAAGAAUCGAGACUUUGUCACACAGCGAUCAUGGCUAGAUUUAGGUGCAGAAAAAUGUAUUGUGAACCAUUCUGUUAACCACAAGAGCAUGCCAAUUAGGAAGGGAUACGUUCGAGGUAUAUCGUACGUUACGGGUUAUCUUAUACGGGAGCAGGGAGCACAGAAAUGUCAAUUUACGUAUGUCUCGCAGUCAGAUCCUCGAGGAAAACUUCCAGCAUGGGUUGUGAACAAAGCUACACAAUAUUUAGCACCUAAGGUCAUCUCUCGGAUAUACAAAGCCUGCCAGAAUUACAGUACCUGGAAGUCCUCACACAACCCCGGACACAAACCCUGGCUGUACCCUGAACAGAUGUCACUGCCACGGCUAGAUCUCCAGGAUAUACAGGCAGAGUGUGAAUUCACUUCCAACGAAUCGCUGGAUGAAAGCAACGUCAAGGAGGAAGAUAUAGACAAGGGUUAUGUAGAUGAGAUAUAAUUUAGUGUUGUAUAUUUUUCUGGACCAAGUAGGGAUGGGGAUGGGGGUGGGGGUUUUGGCUGUGAUGGGACAGUCUACCAGUAAACAUGUUUAAAUAGACACCACUAUCACUUUUGCUCAUUAUUAUGAGAAAGUUUGUCAUGGGUUUGUACAUUCCAAAUACUAAAUAAGAAUGGCAUAUAUUUACAGAUGUAUUGUGGUAUUUAUAGCAAAUAAAUUAAGUUUCUAAGAAGCUGUGAAACAAAAUACACAUGCAUUACACUUGAUUUUUACCCAACAGGUUGUUAUAUUAAAAAAUUCGCAAAUGUAUUUAUGCUGCAAAGUAUGCAAAGAGGAUUUAAUAAUUGAUGUCCAUUCCAUUUAUAAAAAGUUCUUUAUCUGAUGAUAUAUCUUACAUUUUUGUAUUUAUAAACUACACUCAGCAAAGUAUUAUGCUGUUUUCUUUCACAAAAAACUGUUGUACUAUAUACAUUAAUUAUUGUCAAAAUGUCAGGACGGUUUCAUUAAGCUCUGUUCAUUUUGUAUGGAACACCUGAGAAGGUGUUUAUGCACAGCAAUUUUAUGUAUAGUUCCAAUUGCACAAUGAGUGUAUUUAAAAUUAUAGAUAACCACUCAUAGAAAAAAAUCUGUAACCAUUUCAUUGAAUUAUAAACGAAAUAUAUCUAGUUAGAUAAAAUGCACACUUUGCUCUCAUGUAGAAAUUAGUUAACACAUCUACUGGUAGUUAUCUCUCUGUAUAUUUCUGUAUUCUAUUGCAAAAUAUUCUGAAACCUUCAUCAUAGCUAAUAGGCUAUAAUAUGCUUCUAAAGCCCUUGAUUUAUUUUAGGUGAGAAAGAAUGAAUAUCAAUACAUGUAGCUCUCUCAAUGAAAGAUGGCAAACCCAUGUUCUUUCCCAUUUUCAGACUGUCGGUAAAUUUAUAAAUGCAUUUUUGUUUCAAGCUUAUUUAUUGUGUGUUUUGUGCCAAAUUUGCAAAAAUUGCUAACGAAAACAGCUGUGACUAUGUUUAACAUAUGCUAGUAUUAUUGUAUUUUUUGUUUUCCAUAGAAUACAGGUGAUUUUUAAGAUUAUUUUUUCAUUCUGUCUCCCAUCUUCGCUAGCGAAGAUGUCUGUCUCCUUACAUAAAAAAAUAUUGUGCUACAGAAUGAAUGAUUGGAAGGGAAUAUGAUGAUGUUCAUGUUCUAUAACUUACUUGUGGUUACUGUACAUAAACUAUCUCAGUUACCCAGAAACCUUGUGCUUGAUGCUUUGCUAAACAAGUUCUGCGUCUAAGUUCCCACUUAUUAUCAAAUUCCACUUGGGAUUUUAGCACAACAUUAAAAGGGUGCUGGCAAUUCUACAUUACUUUAAACAUUUUUCUUUGAUAUACAGUAUAUAUUUAUUUUAAUUUAUUGGUGAGGCAUUACUUUUGUAUGUUUAUGUAUGAUUUGAGCUGGAAAAAUGUUGAAAGUUUUAUUGGUUGUCUCCAAUUCUUUGUAAUGGAUUCUCUCAAAAUCUGUGCAAUAUUACAGCUGACCUCAUGACAAAGAUCAUUCAAACUUACUGGGUACCUUUAUAUUAUAUACAUGUAUACAUACACAAAAUAUAAGCCCAAAAUACAAUGUAAUUGUAUAUGUUUUUUGUUAAACAUUGUCUUAUGGUAAAAUGACUUGGAUUAUUUGGCUGAUUGUAGCUAAUUUACAUGUAUAUAUACGAGUACAUUACACACUGUAUGUGUUCAUAUGCUGCAAUGUAUAAAUUUGAGAUUCUAUUUGAACGAGCUUUGGUGAAAAAGAAGUUAUAUUACCGUACAUUAAGAUACAUAAGUUGAUAUAUUUUUGUUCAAAAUUAAGAAAGUUUGUAAUGUGUUUAUUGUGCACAAUUGUGAAUCUGUAAGCUAGUCAUGUUAUAUUUGAAUAUUUCUGUUCGUUUUACUUGUCUGGUUACAGCAGCUUCAAGCUUUCACUGUCUCUUGAAAUGUUUACACUACCAGAGAUGCCUUAAUUUAUGUCGAUUGAUUUUAUGGUGUUUUCCAAUGCAAACUGAAAAUUAUAAUUCUUCAUCAUCAAAAAUCUUUUCAAUUUUGAAUUAUUUAAAAAGAAAUUUUCAAAGAAUUCUUUUAUUAACAAGGUCUUCAUAUUUCUUCUAAUAUCUCAGGUCAGUUUGUAUAAAAUAAUGUUUCACAAAUUUGUGGCAAGGUAUUUCACAAUUUGUACCUCCGUUGUUGAAUAUUUAUAUAAGAGAUUAAAACUGUUACAAUUUUCUCAUGCCCUGUGCAAGUAUUUUACUAUUUAUUUUUGUCUGUCUUUUUACUAAUAGAAUUCCAGAAUUAAAUCAGUAUCUCUCAUUGAA